AUGAAGGUUCUUGUGAAGAUUAAAGUGCUUACAACAGUGCCUGGCAGGAUUAUCAAGGAAACCCAGUGUUUGCUGGCAGAACCUGUUCCCAGCAGUAAAGCGGAACCAGAUGAGAGCGAUGCCCGUUAUUUUCAUGUGGUCAUUGCUGGCCCCCAGGAUUCCCCCGAAAUUUUCCUACUAGAAGAAUACCCCAUGGUAGCCCCUAAAGUAUAUUUCAUGACCAAAAUUUAUCAUCCUAAUGUAGAGAAGUUGGGAAGAAUAUGUUUAGAUAUUUUGAAAGAUAACUGCUCCCCAGUACUGCACAUCCACACAGUUCUGCUAUCUAUCCAGGCCUUUUUAAGUGCUCCCAAUCCAGAUGAUCCAUUAGCAAAUGAUGUAGUGGAGCAGUGGAAGACCAACGAAGCCCAAGCCAUAGAAACAGCUAGAGCAGGGACUGGGCUAUAUGCCAUGAAUAAUAUUUAA